UUAAGAUUUUAACAUUUUGCUUCGUGUGGGUUUCGCAAUGUCUCUAGGUCAAAAAUUGAUCCUUCCAGGUAAGGAGGCAAGGAAAUAAUAAUAAUAAUAAAAAAAAAGACAAUGAAUGAUAUUCAUCCGGUUCAUAUCCGGGAAGAAAAGGUAUGAACUGAAAUGCCCCUGUUAUGGUCCAAAGCAGUCCUUUUUCUACUAAUUGAAGGAUUAAAAACAGUGAUUUGUUUUACAGAUUGUAUUCUCCCUUUGAGCCUCUCUAGCUCACCGAACAACUUUGUUCAUCUAUAACUCUCCCUCUGUCGGUUUUUUUUUUUUUUUUUUUGUUCUUCCUAGUGAUCUGAUUGAGAUUUGACGGUUGCUGGAAAAUCUAUACGGUCAUUUUGCACAAAGGAACGGAACCUCCAACGUAACGCCUUUUGGCCUCCAUUAGAGGGGUAAGGAAGAAAAAUCCAGUCUAACGGGCAACCCUCCAAUUUAAAAGAUUCUGUACAUCCUGCUAUAAUUGGGGUCAUUUAUUUUCCAGUUUUGUCUCAUUUCUCUUCCUCCAUUGUCAUAAGCGUCCAUUUCUCAAUCUUACGGUCAUGGAGAUUUCUUGCUUUCAUAGUUUGGUGUUGUUAGUUCACUUCUUUAUAUUGUGUAUACCCCGUCUUCACUCAUUAACCACUGAUCAAUUUGCGCUUCUGGCCUUGAAAGCCCAUAUCAAUCCCGAAACUCAAAAUAUCUUGGCAAACAAUUGGACAACAGCUACUUCUGUUUGCAAUUGGAUUGGUAUUACUUGCGGUGGCCAACCCCAGAGGGUCAUAGCCUUGAAUAUUUCUUCCAUGGGUCUAAAGGGCACCAUCCCUCCACACAUUGGAAACUUAUCUUCCCUCUCUCUGCUAUCAAUAAAAAACAACAGCUUUUAUGGUUCUUUGCCCAACGAGUUAGCUCAUUUGCGCAGCUUGAAAACUGUGGACUUUGGACUCAACUUCUUUACUGGAGAGAUUCCGCCAUGGUUCUGGUCCCUUCCUGAACUUGAGAACUUGGUUCUAAAUGAUAACAAUUUUCUGGGUGCGGUUCCAUCAUCUUUAAGCAACAUAACGUCAUUGAAGAAGAUUGGUCUGAGUUACAAUCAGCUAUCGGGUUCUAUUUCCUCCAACUUUUUUAAUGCUUCUUCCCUACGAAUAAUUGAUCUUAGCUUUAAUAGACUAUCUGGUAGACUUUCAAUAGAUAUGGUCCUUCCAGACUUGCAGGAGCUCUAUUUGUCUGGGAAUCAACUCUAUGGACAGAUCCCAAGUAGUUUAUUCAACUACAGACAGCUAAAAGUACUAUCCUUGUCUUCCAACAAUUUCAGAGGAGCCAUACCAACAGAACUUGGGAACUUAACCAUGCUCAAUAAGUUGUGUCUUAGCCAUAACAACUUGGAAGGAACAAUUCCUUGGGAAAUAGGUUAUCUAACCAAUGUAAAGAAUCUGAGCAUUUCAUAUAACCACCUUACAGGUUGCAUACCGAGCAGUGUCGGAAACUGUACAUUGCUUGAGGAAAUAAACUUCAGUGGAAACAAGUUGACAGGUGAACUACCACCAGAGAUUGGAAAUCUUUCCAACCUAGAGGCAUUGAGAGUUAAUAAUAACAUCUUAAGGGGCAUUAUUCCAUCAACAGUCUUCAAUAUCUCAGCGUUACAAGUUGUCUUGCUCUAUGAAAACUCUCUUUCAGGAACCCUUCCAUCAAGUAUAGGCUUCUUCCUUCCAAAUCUUGUUGAGCUUCACCUUCAGGGAAAUGAACUUCAAGGAAUAAUUCCUAGCUCCAUCUCUAAUGCAUCAAAACUCACUCUCUUGGACUUGACAGAUAACUUCUUUACUGGCAGUAUUCCUAAUUCUAUCGGUAAUCUGAGAAAUCUCCAGAAACUUGAAUUAGCCCAGAAUAACUUAACCAGUGAAUCCUCCACGGUGGAAUCAAAUUUUAUUUCUUCAUUGACACAAAACAGCCAUUUGAGAAGGAUUGUGCUAUCAGGCAAUCCUCUCGGUUCCAUCCUCCCCAUGUCCAUUGGUAAUCUCUCAGCUUUUCUUGAAUACUUUUUGGUGUCUGAUUGCAAACUUAAGGGCUUCAUUCCUGCUGAACUUGGCAAUUUAAGCAGCUUGAUAGCCUUAGAGCUGGGAAAAAAUGAACUGACUGGUAUUAUUCCAAAUACAAUUGGAAAACUACAAAAGCUGCAAGGUUUGCACCUUCAAAGCAAUAGAUUGCAAGGAACCAUCUUGUAUGAUCUUUGUCAAUUGAGCAGCUUGGUGGAAUUAUUCUUAGGUGGUAAUGAGCUUUCUGGAUCAAUACCAGAAUGCCUAGGUAAUCUUACUGCUGUAAGAAAUAUCAGCUUAGGCUUUAACAGAUUAACUUCCAUGAUACCCUCAAGCUUGUGGAGCCUUAAGGAUAUCCUGGCCAUAGACAUGUCAUCAAAUUCUCUACAGGGGUCUCUUCCAUUAGAAAUUGGAAAUUUGAGGGUUGUGACUGAAAUUGAUUUGUCUAAGAAUCAGUUAUCAGGUUACAUUCCCAGCGGCAUUGGGAAUCUCCAAAGUCUUGUGUAUCUUUCUUUAGCAGAAAAUAAAUUACAAGGCUCUAUUCCAGAAUCUUUUAAUGGUUCUAUAAGCUUAGAGUUCUUGGAUCUUUCUGUUAACAACAUCUCUGGAGUAAUUCCUGUGUCCUUGGUAGAGCUCUUUUAUCUUCAAUAUUUUAACGUGUCUUCUAAUGAACUCCAAGGAGAAAUUCCCAGUGGAGGACCCUUUGCUAAUUUCUCAGCCCAAUCAUAUAUGAUGAAUAAAGCACUUUGUGGUGCAGCACGAUUGCAAGUUCCACCCUGCAAAACUGGCACCUCCAAAGGAACGUGGAGAACUCUUUUUCUUCUUCUCAAGAUUCUUUUGCCAUCGAUUGCAUUCUAUUAUAUGCUAUUACUGAUCCAUGUGUUGGUAAAGCAGUACUUCCAAAAAAGGAUGAUAGCUGUUCUUCCAACAAAAAGAAGAACAAUUUUGUACCUAGAAAUUGCGCUAGCAACAGAUGGAUUUAGUGAAAGUAACCUACUUGGCACUGGGGGUUUUGGUUCUGUUUACAAGGGAACAAUGAAAGAGGAGAAGAAUGUUGCAAUAAAGGUUUUCAAUAUGCAUACAGAAAGAGCAUUAAGGAGUUUUGAGGAUGAAUCCAAGUUAUUGUCCAUUAUUCAUCAUCCUAAUAUUGUCAAACUGAUUAACAGUUGCCGUGAUGAUGAUUUCAAAGCCUUGGUGCUAGAAUACAUGCCUAACGGGACCUUGGACAAGUGGCUUUACACUCAUAAUUAUUUUCUGAAUCUCUUGCAAAGACUUGACGUAAUGAUAGAAGUUGCAUCAGCUAUGCUUUACCUUCAUGCAAGACAUGUUGUUCACUGUGAUUUGAAACCUAGCAAUAUCCUGCUAGACGAAGAUAUGGUCGCUCAUGUUAGUGAUUUCAGCAUUGCCAAAAUCUUAGAUGAGCAGAAGGCUGUAAAACAAACCUCAACCAUGUCCACUGUUGGGUAUAUGGCACCAGAGUAUGGAUCAAGUGGAAUUAUAUCUGAAAAAACAGAUGUGUAUAGCUUUGGUAUUCUACUGAUGGAAACAUUUACCAGAAAGAAACCCACAGAUGAAAUGUUUGAUGGAGAAAUGAACUUGAGGCGCUGGGUAUGUGAGUCAUUACCUCGUGCAGUAGAUCGAAUAACAGAUGCAACUUUACUUGAGGCUGAUCAGGAAGCCAUAGCUGCCAAAAGAAAAUGUAUACUAUCAAUCAUGAAAGUGGCGAGGUUUUGCACUGCAGAGUUGUCCAUUGAGAGGAAGACGAUGACAGAAGUUGAAGAAGAGCUCCAGAGGAUCAAAAAAAAUUAUUUAAGAGACACUGAAUGGUCAGAUCAAAGGGAAAUAUAUCCAAGUAUUUCACGCCAAGAACUUCUGUUAGCAACAGAUGGCUUUAACGAAAGUAAAAUAGUUCAGUAUGGGGAAUUUGGUGUCUUGUACAAAGGACAACUGCCACAUUAUGGUGUAGACGCAGCAAUAAAGGUUUUUAAUCGAAAAAAAAGAGGGCGGGAGAGUUUUGCAGUUGAAUCUGAAGUGCUGUCGUUUAUUCGCCAUCGGAAUGUUGUCAAAAUCUUGAUGAUGUGCAAUGAAGUUGAUUUUAAAGCCUUGGUUCUAGAGUACAUUCCCUAUGGAUCUCUGGAAAAAUGGCUUCAUUACAUUGAUGACAACUCUUCAAGGAAUAUCUUUACAAUGCUUAAUACAAUGAUAGAUGUGGCAUCAGCUUUGUGCUACCUCCAUUCAAUGCGUGUCAUUCACUGCAAUUUAAAACCUAGCAACAUUCUGCUAGAUGAUGACAUGGUUGCACAUGUUAGUGAUUUUAGCAUUGCCAAACGCAUAGGUGAAAGAAUUGCUGCGACAAAAACAGCGACUAAGGCCACUGCUGGAUAUAUGGCUCCAGAGUAUGAAUCAACUGGAACUGUUUCUGAAAAAACUGAUGUUUAUAGCGUCGGUAUUCUACUGAUGGAAACAUUUACCAGAAAGAAGCCAACGGAUGAAAUAUUUAAUGGCAAAAUGAACCUCAGGCGAUGGGUAUGCUCUUCCUUACCUCAUGCAGUAGAGAGUAUUGUAGAUUUCACUUCGCUGCAAUCCUUUCGGAGAGACUUAGCUGUUGAUAGGACAUGUAUAUUAUCAAUCAUGGAAGUGGCCUGUGGUUGUACUGCAGAGUCUUCCGAUGAUAGAAUGACUAUGACAGUAGUUGAAACCAAGCUCGUGAGGAUCAAAAAAGAGUAUCUAAGUGGGAGGAGAUAGCUUUAAUAUGAAACCACAGAUUUUUUUUCCUUUUCUUUCUUUUUCAUUUUUCUUUCUUCUGUUGUUCCUGCUUUUCUAAAUUAAGGGGUAACAGGUUGUUCCUGUCAGAAACAGGGCGCAGAAGGGUGCUUUUGUGAUUCAUCACAUGAUAAACAUGUUUUUCUUAUAUGAUUUUGUUCAUUAAUUCAGAACCAAUAUACAUCUCUACCCCUUUAUAUAUAGAAAAUGCACACCUCUCCUUAAGCAUUGCUGUAGG